CAAACUCUUUUCACAAGCACCAAAUAACCUAAAAUCUUCUGCCCCACCCUGCAUUUUAGCAGAGUCACCCUGUAUACUACAAUGCCAUCAUCACUAUCCUCUUCCCUCCACAUGCUUCUUCCUAUUUUCUCCCUUCUUGUACUCUCAUGUAUUGUGUGUUCUAGUAGUGCUCAGGGACCACCUUCACCUGGCUACUACCCCAGUUCCAAAAUUAGUCCUAUUAGCUUCAAUCAAGGAUUUAGAAACCUCUGGGGACCUCAGCAUCAAAGACUAGACCAAGGCUCAUUGACAAUAUGGCUUGACUCUAACUCAGGAAGUGGAUUCAAGUCACUUCACUCUUAUCGAUCUGGUUACUUCGGUGCUGCCAUUAAGCUUCAACCUGGUUACACUGCAGGAGUCAUUACAUCUCUAUACCUUUCAAACAACCAAGAGCACCCCGGAAACCAUGAUGAAAUUGACAUUGAGUUCCUUGGCACCACGCUAGAUAAGCCAUAUGUGUUGCAGACAAAUGUGUACAUAAGAGGAAGUGGAGAUGGGAAUAUUAUAGGAAGAGAGAUGAGGUUUCAUCUUUGGUUUGACCCAACACAGGAUUUUCACAACUAUGCCGUUCUAUGGAAACCCAGUGAGAUAAUAUUUUUUGUGGAUGAUGUCCCCAUAAGGAGGUAUCCUAGAAAAAGUGAUGCCACAUUCCCUUCAAGGCCAAUGUAUGUGUAUGGCUCAAUAUGGGAUGCAUCUUCUUGGGCAACAGAGGAUGGAAAAUACAAAGCCAAUUAUAACUACCAACCCUUCAUUGGUAGGUACAAAAACUUCAAACUCCAAGGUUGCACCUCUCAAAGCUCUUCCUCAUGCCAACCAACUUCUGCUUCACCAUCUGGAUUUGGUAGUCUGAGCCCUCAGCAGUUUAGGGCCAUGCAAUGGGUCCAAAACAACUACAUGGUGUACUAUUAUUGCCAUGACCCUAGGAGAGAUCACACACUUAUCCCAGAGUGCUAAGACUUAGUUCAUUGGGGACAAAACUUACAUAUAAUAUCAUAAGUACUAUUGAUGUCGAUUUCUAAUCAGAAUUAUAUAUGUUAUUGAAGUGAAAUUCUAAUUCUGAUCAGAUGACAUUACGAAUAAUACUUAUGAUACUUUACUUAAGUUUUGUUCCUUCAUUCAUGUCAAUGUGUCUCAAUUAUGAGUUGUUACCCUUUAUACUUGCAUAAUUAAAUUGUAAAAGUUUGUUUAAGGUGGUGGUUUUUGUGAUGGUCCCACUUGCUAAGUGUAAUUGCAAGAGUAGUUGAACGUCCAAGCCCCCACGAUGAUUGGAAUGCUUUUGUUGUUUUUGUAAUUGUGCUGUACUAUUUGUUUGGGUCCUGUAUUAUCAUUGUUCAAAUAAAUUGAUUUGGAUACUUUA